ACCCUUUGAAAUCAUUAUUUUACUGACUAUUUUUGCCAACUGUGUGGCCUUAGCCAUCUACAUUCCCUUCCCAGAGGACGACUCUAAUGCCACCAACUCCAACCUGGAACGGGUGGAAUAUCUCUUCCUCAUCAUCUUCACCGUGGAAGCGUUUUUAAAAGUCAUUGCCUACGGGCUGCUCUUCCAUCCCAACGCCUACCUCCGCAACGGCUGGAACCUGCUGGACUUCAUCAUCGUGGUUGUGGGGCUCUUCAGCGCCAUUUUAGAACAAGCAACCAAAGCAGACGGGGCGAAUGCCCUCGGAGGGAAAGGGGCCGGGUUUGACGUGAAGGCGCUCAGGGCUUUCCGCGUGCUGCGCCCCCUGCGGCUGGUCUCCGGAGUCCCCAGCCUCCAGGUGGUCCUCAACUCCAUCAUCAAGGCCAUGGUGCCCCUGCUCCACAUCGCCCUGCUCGUGCUCUUCGUCAUCAUCAUCUACGCCAUCAUCGGCCUGGAGCUGUUCAUGGGGAAGAUGCACAAGACCUGCUACAGCCAGGAGGGCGUUGCAGACAUCCCCGCGGAGGAGGACCCCUCUCCCUGCGCCCUGGAGACGGGCCACGGGCGGCAGUGUCAGAACGGAACGCUGUGCCGGCCCGGCUGGGAGGGGCCCAAGCACGGCAUCACCAACUUCGACAACUUCGCCUUCGCCAUGCUGACGGUGUUCCAGUGCAUCACCAUGGAGGGCUGGACCGACGUGCUCUACUGGGUCAAUGAUGCUGUAGGAAGGGACUGGCCCUGGAUCUAUUUUGUUACACUAAUCAUCAUAGGGUCAUUUUUUGUUCUUAAUUUGGUUCUCGGUGUUCUUAGCGGAGAGUUCUCCAAAGAGAGGGAGAAGGCCAAGGCCCGGGGAGAUUUCCAGAAGCUGCGAGAAAAACAGCAGCUGGAAGAGGACCUCAAGGGCUACCUGGACUGGAUCACGCAGGCGGAGGACAUCGACCCCGAGAACGAGGACGAAGGCCUGGACGAGGAGAAGCCCCGCAACAUGAGCAUGCCUACCAGCGAGACCGAGUCCGUCAACACGGAAAACGUGGCCGGAGGAGACAUGGAGGACGAGAACUGCGGGGCCAGGCUGGCCCGCCGGAUCUCCACCUCCAAGUUCAGCCGCUACUGGCGCCGGUGGAACCGGUUCUGCAGAAGGAAGUGCCGGGCGGCCGUCAAGUCCAACGUCUUCUACUGGCUGGUGAUCUUCCUGGUCUUCCUCAACACGCUCACCAUCGCCUCGGAGCACUACAACCAGCCGCACUGGCUCACGGAGGUGCAGGACACAGCCAACAAGGCGCUCCUGGCCAUGUUCACAGCAGAGAUGCUGCUGAAGAUGUACAGCCUGGGGCUGCAGGCCUACUUCGUGUCGCUCUUCAACCGCUUCGACUGCUUCAUCGUGUGUGGGGGCAUCCUGGAGACCAUCCUGGUGGAGACCAAGAUCAUGUCGCCCCUGGGCAUCUCCGUGCUACGCUGCGUCCGCCUGCUCAGGAUCUUUAAGAUCACCAGGUACUGGAACUCCCUGAGCAACCUGGUGGCGUCCCUGCUGAACUCGGUGCGCUCCAUCGCCUCGCUGCUGCUGCUGCUCUUCCUCUUCAUCAUCAUCUUCUCGCUGCUGGGCAUGCAGCUCUUCGGGGGCAAGUUCAACUUCGACGAGAUGCAGACGCGCAGGAGCACCUUCGACAACUUCCCCCAGUCCCUCCUCACCGUCUUCCAGAUCCUGACCGGGGAGGACUGGAAUUCGGUGAUGUAUGAUGGGAUCAUGGCUUAUGGCGGCCCCUCUUUUCCAGGGAUGUUAGUCUGUAUUUACUUCAUCAUCCUCUUCAUCUGUGGAAAUUAUAUCCUACUGAACGUGUUCUUGGCCAUUGCGGUGGAUAACCUGGCCGACGCGGAAAGCCUGACCUCUGCCCAGAAGGAGGAGGAGGAGGAGAAAGAGAGGAAGAAGCUAGCCAGGACAGCCAGCCCCGAGAAGAAACAGGAGGUGGUGGAGAAGCCGGUGGUGGAGGAGAUGAAGGAGGAGAAGAUGGAGCUGCGGUCCAUCGCGGCUGAUGGCGAGUCCCCGCCCACCACCAAGAUCACCGUGGACGAGCUCCAGCCCAAUGAAAAUGAGGAUAAGAGCUCCUACCCCAACCCAGACACCACAGAAGAGGAGGAGGAAGAGCCGGAGAUGCCGGUGGGGCCCCGCCCCCGGCCCCUCUCCGAGCUGCACCUGAAGGAGAAGGCCGUGCCCAUGCCGGAAGCCAGCGCCUUCUUCAUCUUCAGCCCCAACAACAGGUUCCGUCUCCAGUGCCACCGCGUGGUGAACGACACCAUCUUCACCAACCUGAUCCUCUUCUUUAUCCUGCUCAGCAGCAUCUCCCUGGCCGCCGAAGACCCCGUGCAGCACACCUCCUUCAGGAACCACAUCCUAGGCAAUGCCGACUACGUCUUCACUAGUAUCUUUACAUUAGAAAUUAUCCUUAAGAUGACCGCGUAUGGGGCCUUCCUGCACAAGGGCUCUUUCUGCCGGAACUACUUCAACAUCCUGGACCUGCUGGUGGUUAGCGUGUCCCUCAUCUCCUUCGGCAUACAGUCGAGUGCCAUCAACGUGGUGAAAAUCCUGAGGGUCCUGCGAGUCCUCAGGCCCCUGAGGGCCAUCAACAGGGCCAAAGGACUCAAGCACGUGGUCCAGUGCGUGUUCGUGGCCAUCAGGACCAUCGGCAACAUCGUGAUUGUCACCACGCUGCUGCAGUUCAUGUUCGCCUGCAUCGGGGUCCAGCUCUUCAAGGGAAAGCUCUACACCUGCUCAGACAGCUCCAAGCAGACCGAGGCCGAGUGCAAGGGCAACUACAUCACCUACAAAGAUGGGGAGGUGGACCACCCCAUCAUCCAGCCCCGCAGCUGGGAAAACAGCAAGUUCGACUUUGACAACGUUCUCACCGCCAUGAUGGCCCUCUUCACCGUCUCCACCUUCGAGGGGUGGCCAGAGCUGCUGUACCGCUCCAUCGACUCCCACACCGAGGACAAGGGCCCCAUCUACAACUACCGCGUGGAGAUCUCCAUCUUCUUCAUCAUCUACAUCAUCAUCAUCGCCUUCUUCAUGAUGAACAUCUUCGUGGGUUUCGUUAUCGUCACCUUCCAGGAGCAAGGCGAGCAAGAGUAUAAGAACUGCGAGCUGGACAAGAACCAGCGACAGUGCGUGGAGUACGCGCUCAAGGCCCGGCCCCUGCGGCGCUACAUCCCCAAGAACCAGCACCAGUACAAGGUGUGGUACGUGGUGAACUCCACCUACUUCGAGUACCUGAUGUUCGUCCUCAUCCUGCUCAACACCAUCUGCCUGGCCAUGCAGCACUACGGCCAGAGCUGCCUGUUCAAAUCCGCCAUGAACAUCCUCAACAUGCUGUUCACCGGCCUCUUCACUGUGGAGAUGAUCCUGAAGCUCAUCGCCUUCAAACCCAAGCACUAUUUCUGUGAUGCAUGGAAUACAUUUGACGCCUUGAUUGUUGUGGGUAGCAUUGUUGAUAUAGCAAUCACCGAAGUGCACCCUGCAUGGCUCUCUGUAUAG